AUGGCCAUUACAAUUCUACCCCCAGUGGUCGAGGACCUCGGCCCCCGCCCGCCCUAUCACGCCGAGUCGGAUGACUCAAUGUCGGCGGACUCAGAUGAGGAUGUCGACAUGACCGGCACCGGCUCGCGACCUCACAAGCGACCACGCCUAGGAGGCAAGAUUGGGACGGGGAUUGUCACACCGGGUGAAGUCGUCACAGAUGAUCCGCAAUGGAUGAGGUGGGUGCUCAUUUUGGCUCUUCAGCGGGACUGCCAGAAGGAUCCCCCAGAUGAAGCUAACCAACUACUUUGCAGAGGUCAUGGCACAUAUAUCAAUCCGCUCUCAACAUCCAUUAUUGCUACAGUAGCAGGCACAGUCCACAAAACCAACAAGCUUCUUUCUGUACACCCCCUGCGCGCCCGCUACACGCCCGAGAUCGGCGAUUUGGUCGUGGGACGCAUUGUCGAGGUCCAGUCGCGGCGGUGGAAAGUGGAUGUGGCCGCACCGUUGCUGGCGCAGCUCCCUCUUUCCGCCAUCAAUUUACCCGGUGGGAUCCUGCGGCGUCGGACGAGCGCGGACGAGCUUCAGAUCCGGAGUUUUUUCAGCGAGGGAGAUCUCGUGGUUGCAGAAGUGCAGAGUGUGCACCAGGACGGGUCGGCCUCUUUACAUACCCGAUCUCUGAAGUACGGGAAACUUCGGAAUGGCGUUUUUCUCGCAGUGGCGGGCACGGGAGGAAGCGGCGCAUCCAGCUCCAACGUCAAAGGCGGAGUUGGAUCUGGGUCUUCCGGGGCAGGCGCCAAUCCUGGGGGUGCGGGAGGUGUGGUACGGUCACGGCGACAAGUGUGGACGGCGGAAACGGCCAACGGCGGCGGCGAGGUGGAUAUUAUUCUCGGGGUGAACGGGUACAUUUGGAUCUCAAAGCAUACCGACGGGGCGGCGGCUGCGUCGUCGACUACGGAGAAUGUCUCGAUUACGCGCAUGGAAGAGAUGGUGUCCAGCUCGAUCUACUCCAGUCAAAACGACGAGAUUGCGCCGCAGACCCGCCGGGAAAUCGCGCGGUUGGCGCAGUGCAUCCAGGUGCUGGUGCAGGGUGGGGUGCGCGUGGACGAGGACACCGUCAUGGGCGCCUACGAUGCUAGUCUGCAGGUGGAUCUUGAAGUUGGGGAUGAUGGAGAGGACGAGGAUGAUCGCCAAGAAGGCCGUGAGUACUUGGAAGGGAGCAAAGCGCGGCGGAUUCUCGAACUGGAGGUACAGCGGCGAUAG